UUCAGGUGGAGAACAGACAAAGAUUAUCUGAAUAUCAUACUUGGAGACAUAUAGGGAGGAGUCUGAAGGCAACUGAUUGGGAAUCAUGUGAGUUUGGUGAAACCCUUGAACGCUAUGAUGAGCCCUGCCCCAAUGGAGCAACAAACAUCUUACUAUGCAACCCUGGUCAGCUUAAGAUUGCAGAGUGCAUCGGCCAAGAUGGCGACACGUCAAGAAUCUGUGACCCAUGCCCUCAAAAGUUCUACCAGUCCUACUACAACCGGUGCACCGCAUGUCACCCUUGUUCCGAGUGCGGUGCCAACGAAAGGAUCAGGGAAAAGUGCACCGACGAGACGGACACCGUCUGUGAGAACAUCAUUCCCCCAGACCCUGUCCCUACCAUCCCACCCACCAUGGUACCGAUAAUCUACCCUCCUUCACCUUCACCGACCCCGUCUCCGACCAACGCACCAAGGAUCACCACUGCGGUUAUUGAGAACAAGACAACCAGAGGAGUGACCUAUGGCAUCGACGAUACAACUGAAAAAGUUCCAACUAGUCAGGCUGGAAUAGAAAAGCCACCUCAGUCAUCAUCUAAUGUGAAUACAGAUACAGUCUACAAGGCCCUAGCAAUAGCCGCGUGUGUGAUACUUUUCAUCCUGGUUGUGGUGGAACUUGUUGCUCGUUUUUGCAUAAUUUCCGAGCUAAGAAAGGAGAUCAGAGAACUGAAAGCCCAGCUUAGUGCAUGUACAGAUCCCCGCAAUGAAAAUGCAGAUCCCCGCAAUGAAAUUGCAGAUGCCCGCAAUGAAAUUCAAAUGGAAACUCUUGAUUCAGGAUUACCAAGUAGCCAUCCUGACCUUGAUUCAGAACCAGGAGCCACUCCUGCAGAAUAUGUAAACAUAAAUGGCGCUUGUGGUGGAGAACUGGAUGCUCCUGGGAUGAGUGGUGCAAGUGAGAAUAUUUACCAAGUGGAACUGGGCCAGGGUGAAUACAUGAAUUCUGAAUCACAGAGGACAGGCCUAGAUGAUCCUCCAAAGGAAAGAUUCCUGGUUCAGAGGCAUGCAGACACCGACUCGGAAACUGGGUCCACGCCCAACUGGUCGGAGCGACAGGAAGCUGCACAGGAGGGUGCACAGAGCAACGUGACUGGAAGUAUAGGAAGCUUAGGCUUGGAUGGUAUUAGUACCCCGGGCAGUAGACACCUAAGCUCGUCUGAUUUAGCUAAAGAUGGGGAAGGCAGCGGAGAACAUGAGGAACAAGGUAGUAACGAUAGACUGCAUGAUCGUGGAACAGAUACAGAGUUGCCGGGGGUUAUAGAACCUUGCAGUAGAACAGUCCAUGCUGUUGUACAUUCUCCUGCUGGCAUAGAUGCUUCCGCUGCUCAUCUUGGCAAGGACUUGAGAGGUAGGCCCCCUCCAAAGGAUAAAAACUUUGAUGGUAUUCAGCAGAAAAGCUUUGAAGCUUCUUCGGCUAGUGGUGCAAGUGGCGUCGGAGACUCCGAUGGUUAUCUGACGGGCCCGGAGCUUGAAGAGUCUCCAGACCGUCCAAAACCUCUUCGCUCUGGGGCACCUAGGGAUAAGGAAGGAGGAUUACCUGAAUCUGAUCCCUUGAGGCAACAGCCAACUGGCCCAGAGGUGGGUACCAACAAGAGAGCAAAAAGAAAGAUCAUUUCUAACUUCUGGAAGGGAAGAAAACGGACAAAGAUGGAAGAAUAUGCUCUUGUGCCUCAAGAGGAUUUAUCUAGCAAUGCAGACAAAAUGGUGUCUGAAGGAUUCUUAGAUGACCUUGCGGAUCAUAUUGACCUGAAGACACUGGACAAAUUGUGCAGAGAACUGGGUGUCAAGGAAAAAGAUGUGUCCAACAUGAGGAUCACCCACCAGCAGGAGCAUGGGCGGGAGUUAGCUUUUAAGAUGUUCAUGGAAAUCCGUAGUACAAAUAGCCAAAGUUUUACGUAUAGAUGUACCAUCCGUGCCAUGAGGCAAAGCAAAAAUGGACAUUUGGUGGAAGAUUUCGUUAAGAAGUACAGUUUAAGAUGACAAACUGGGAUGGUUUAGGGUAGUAAGGAAAAAAACUUCUUCCAUUUAUUUCAAUUUGACAUGAUUAAGUGUUCCAUUUUUCCAAAGUGUAUGAUAGUAGUGCUAUUAAAGUUUCAUGUGACAGCUAUAGAAAAACGGUCAGAGAUAAUGAUACAUGGUCAUGUACACUGCUAUUUACCCUUGCUGUAUUAGAGCCAUAUUGUUGUCAGUAUUCUUUGGGAAUUUGAUACCAUUUGGUGCUUACCGGUAUACAAAUAAUUUUAUACAACUCACUGCCUGUGGCUGUACAAAAAUAAUAAUUUAAAGAAAUGCAAAAAAGAAAAAAAAUCAUUGAUAAAGAGGUAAGUUUUUAGCUUAAUCUGAAAUGUUUCAACACUCUUGCUUUUCCGGAUCUCUCGUGGGAGGGAAUUCCAUAGCAAGGGCCCCUCAUGGAUGAAUACACUUUGGAACUGUAAGAAGACCGGAGUCACUGGAGCGUAGAAGCCUAGAUGGUGUGUAGGUGUAAAUGAGAGCAGUCUUGUACCGAGGAGCAGAGCCAUGAACUGAGUGACAUACCAGUAAAAGGAUUUUGAAUUUUAAAAAGUAUUGUUGUACUUUAUAUGGGGAUCCUCAAAUUGGCAAACGUGCUUCAAAAUGGCUGAUUUUGUGGACAACUCUCCACUUGUUUUGUACAAAAUUUUUCAGAUUUUCCUCAUUAUCUUCAAAAUUGCAUCUUGCCUCAUUCUGAGCACAACAUAUGUCAUGGGAAAAUAUAAUUCACAUCACAUACAUCAAGGUCAGGAGGAGAUAAUAUGAAAUAUGUAAAAUAAAGGGGAAAAUCUGAAAAUUUGUGUACAAAACAAAUGGAGAGUUGUCCACAAAAUCAGCCAUUUUGAAGCACAUUUGCCAAUUUGAGGAUCGCCAUAGAAAGUACAACAAGACUAUUUAAACGUCCAUAACUUGCCUAUUUCAUUACCGAUUUGGAUGAAACUUUUUUUUAAAUUGUUCCUCUCAUUUUACUCUUUCCAAUAAGAUUGCUGCUUCUCUUGGGUUUUGGUUUUCCUUAAAGAAAAUGUGGGGUCCCUACACUAGGCUGCAAUUACCAUUUUAUUCUAAGGUGAAGAAUUCUUGUUGCUUGAAGCUGUUUAGUGGGACAAUGAGUUCCUGACUAGUUUCACUUUGUGACAUUUAAUAGUUAUUAUAUAUAUAUUUUUUUCAAUUUUGGGGUCACCAAAUUGUACAACUAGACUCCACAUGAAAGAUGACAACAAUAUAUCUUCAACAAUUACAACUAGGGGCAAAAUGGUCGUAUUGGGGACUUUUUACAAUUUUAUGUUUGAUAUGUAUAUACAUGUGUGUAAAAGCUGUAGAUUUUUUGUGAAAUCUAAUGAGGUGCCUUAAAUUAAUGUCAGUACUCAUCGACAAAAGUGUUCUUAUAUUGAACAAAUAUUUUGGAGUGUGACCAAUAGAUUAUUUUUUUUUUUUUUCAGUCUUUCAACAAUUCUAAAUUAAAAAUUACAAUUAUAAAACAGCAACAGCAGUAUGAAUACAGAACAUGGUCAUAACACACAUCUAUACAUUAGUAAAAUAUAGGAGUGUCUAUCAGCACAGUAGAAUAUAGUUGCUGUACUAUACAAAUUCAUAUUAUGGUUAUUAUUAAAAUAUAAAUGCAUAUACAUGUACAUCAACUUUAGAUGGGUAGAUUUGGGAAUGACAUGAUUUAGUUGUUUUAUUGAUGUAUAUAUAUGAAGAAAAUAUUUCUAAAUUAUUUUAAGUUUCAAAAUUGAUAAAAAAAUAAUUCUUUCAAAGUGAUACGAUCAUUUCGAAACCCGUGACUUAAUACCUGUUAAAUGUCUGAAUAUGUACAGUAUUUAACUUUUUUUUCCAUUUACAAUGAUAAUCAAGGCUCGAUAGGUUCACGAAAAUCAUCAAUUUCAUAUUCUUUGUGGCCCUAGAACAAUAGAAAACAUUACAAUUUAUCAAAACUUUGGUAGCCCGACUGGGCCACCAAGCGUGGGCUUUUACAGAAUUUUGGUGGCCCGACUCUCAUUUUUGGUUGCCCCGGGCCACUGCUAAUGUCGAGCCCUGUGAUAAUGAUAUAAUAUACUGUAAUGCAAGGUUUCAAGAGAGUGAAGAAUGAGCAAAUGUAUUCAUAUGUAUUAAAAUGUCAGAUCCACCAGAACUACAAGUUAGUUUGAGAAAAUUAGAAUGAGAAUAACUCACAAAAAAAGAGAAGAAAAUCAGAUGAAUAAGAAAAUAGCAAUGCAUGUAAAGUUUUACAUUUUUCUUGUCAUUUUGCCUCCGACGAAGAUUCUGCUAGGAUCGAAAGCUUAGGCCCCUUUUGACUCUCUAAUUUUUCUUGUCAAACAUCAAUAUACAUAGGCUUAUCAGACUUGAAGCUAUGCAAUUGAAAGGGCUGAGGAUGCCAUGCGCUUGAUUUCAUUUUUGUAUUUAUCAUAAAUGACAUUGCAAAUAUUUUUUUUUUUCAAAUUUGUCAUUCAUGCAAAACAUAAAUUCUGAUGGUGGCAGCAGUAGCAUGAUUGAAAUCUUAUUCUUGGGUCAAAUUCAGAAAUGAUUUUGUGAUUUUAAACUUUAAUGUCCUACAUGUAUUUCAUGAAACUUGACAGGAAUUUCAGGUCACAGUAUUAGGAUCAUAGGUCAUUUGAGGUCAACGAACUUGGACCUUCUUGUAUAUUCAGCCAAAAAAACUUAAACCAUAGCAUUUUUGUUAAAAAUUUCAAAAAUUUCUGGUUAAUAAACUUGAAAGAACAGUUACAAUUUUCAAAAUUGAAUGAAAUUUAUUGAAAACUUGUAAAUUAUAUCUUAAAUGGCAUAGGGUUUAUCAGGUAAAUAUUUUAUUUUACAUUUCAAGCACAAAAAAAUUACACUAUGUUAUGCUCUUGAGACCGUCAACUGCUUUCCAAUAUGUUAAUUACUGGAGUCAACCAUGUUUAUGACUUUUUAUCAACUAACAAUGAAAAUGUUCUAAAUGUUAUGUAACAAAUGUGCAAGAAAUAGUGAUUAUGGGAUAUUAUAAGUGCAUGUCAUUUGUGUUUUAUUUUUUUCUAGAUUUUUUUUUUCAAAUCAAUCUUCUAAUUUGGUGGAUCUUGACAUUAAUUUUACCUCUGCCAAAAACUCCAAUCCAUCCUUUUUAUAACAAAUGUAAAAAUGAGAGUAUAUUUCAUAUACAAUUGUGGUGCACAGCUUUUCUACUUUUUACUGCUUUGUGAUAUUCAAAUAUGCAUCUGUGUAGAUUUAUGUCAUUGUGAUAUAAAAGUAUAACUAUCAUUUUCAAGAUAGAUAAAUAGAUAAAGAGUUUGGAAGUUAAUUUGAGAUGUUUUGAAGAGUUAAUUUUUAUAAAUUUAAUCUGUCUUCUCAAAAAGAAAAAAAAAAGAAAAAUUGAGCAGAAUUAUAUUCUUUAGCUGUUUCUUAGAAAUAAAUGCAUCAAUAAACACUUGUUGGCCACAGAUAAUUUUGGCCUCUUCAUGUGCAUAAAAGAAAAAUACCAGAUGUGGUAAUGAUCUCAAAAUUAUCGAUUUUGAGCUAAUUGAUUUCAUGAUUUUACAAAAAUAUGUUUACAUUAAUGUUCCAGAUAUACAUGUAGAUAUAUGAAAAUAUUUUGACAAUUAACCUUGAUUUAAAAGACUUUCUCAUGAAAUAAUUGUUUGCUGCAACUACUGUCUUUUUACUUUAAUGUCAAGUUCAGGAAAUGACAUCACCAUUGUUCUAGCAUAAGUUUCAGGGGCUGUAGAACUUGUGGGGGGGGGGUGAAUUGGCUUCAGCCCCCCUUUCAGCUCCGAUUCAGCCCCCAUUUUAGUAUUAAAAAAUGCCAUCUUAUUGUGAUGCUUUGGAUAGACAGUGCUACCCCUCUUUCAAAAUCAUUCCGCUGUCCCUGAGGUUGUCUUUCUCAGCAGAGCUAGUGUAUUGCUAAAAAGCGCUUUGUAUAAUGUGUGACUUUGUGAGCAAACGCUUUAUAUUUGUAAUUAAGUAUAGGUGAUUAAGUAAUUGAUUGAUUAGUUUAAAGCAAGUCAGUUUGGUAAAUAGCGACUAGAAAUUAAAAUCGUUUUGUUUGGUAAAAAUGUUUACAACAAAUACAACCAAUAUUGUGUUUGUAUUGUCUGUCUUUCCCUUAAAAGUGAAAAUUGGUUAUCGAAAUCCUUGCCAUUUGAUAAUUGACAAUAACGUUGAUCAACAUGCCCUUAUGACAAAAUAUUGCACAAUUUUUCAUGUUACAGUAUGUGUGAAAUUGCUUUUGAUGUUAAUGUAAACUUAUCAACAGUACUUUUAAUUGCUUUAUUCUAUGUAGGUCUAUAUGUGAAUCAGUACUUGUAAAUUGUGUGAAUAUUUUUUCAAGUAUUCCAUUCCCAUAAUAUUCUGCCUGUGUAUAUAUAUCUUUUCAUGAGUAUUUUGUAUUCAAUGCUGAGAUGGAAUUGCCCAAUCUUUUUUUUUUUUACUUGAAAUUUGAAACUAUUCAUAUAUCUUUUCAUGAGUAUUUUGUAUUCAAUGCUGAGAUGGAAUUGCCCAAUCUUUUUUUUUUUUACUUGAAAUUUGAAACUAUUCAAUCUUGUGAGUGAUUCUCAGAAAAGAGGUUUUUGUACAUGAAUUGUAUCAUGAUGACAUGGUUCGGAGUAUGAAUCUCGAAUCUGCUUGUCAGUAUUUUUGUAAAGUCAAGUGCACCUUUUCAAACAGCUCGUAGAGAACCCUCUUCUCCCUGUGAGUUGAUCACAGCCCUUAUUAUCUUCCCCCCUCCAUCUCCCCUUCCCUCUCCCCCUACCUCCCUUCCUUAUGUGAGUUGAUAACAACCCUCUUUAUCUCCCCUUCUCUCUUCCCUCUCCCUGUGUGAGUUGAUAACAACCCUCUUUAUCUUCCCUUCUCUUCCCUUCCUCCCCCUCCCUCUCUUCACACCCCUCGCUGUGUGAAUUGAUCACAGCCCUCUUUACCUCCCCUUCUCUUCCCUUCCUCCCCCUCUCUCCCCACCCCUCCCUGUGUGAGUUGAUCACAGCCCUUUUUAUUUCCCCUUCUCUUCCCCCCCCACCUCCCCUUCCCUCUCUUCACACCCCUCCCUGUGUGAGGUGAUCACAGCCCUUUUUAUCUCCCCUUCUCUUUUUCUGCAUCUCCCCUCCCUGUGUGAGUUGAUCACAGCCCUCCGAUCUCCCCUUCUCUUCCACCUCCCCUUCCCUCUCCCCACCCCUCCCUGUGUGAGUUUAUCAUAGCCCUCUUUAUCUCCCCUUCUCUUCCCCUCCAUCUCCCCUUCCCUUCCCUCUCCUCCCCCUGUGUGUGUUGAUCACAACUCAAUAGGAAGCUGUUCUGUGUGGCUCCACACCUUGAUAAAAGAUAGAAUGUGAAAGAUAAUUUUCCUUAAAAGGUCUAGUAAUAGUAACCAUAGCGUCAAAUGUCAGAGCAAACAGAAAAAAUGGAUCUCUGUCAAAUAUCUCUUUGGACCAUGAAAAUCUAUUUCACUGGAAAAGAGAAAAAUUACCUAAUCCAUUUACUUUGUGUAUUCUGGGGCUGGUAACACAAGACCUUGGCAAUCAUCGUAGAACACUUGUUACGAUUGAUUACAAUAUUGUAGAAAUCAAGUGUCAGAUUGUCAGCCAUAGUGUUCCAGGGC